AUGGCGACGCUAGUAGACCAGCUGAUCUCCACACACGAAGCCCGAGAUGGAACGCUUGACUCACCCAUCAUCCACCUCUCUCUCGAAGGCGCAGACCUAUGCCGCUCGGGCACGAUCUCUAUCCUCACUCUCUUGCUCUGCGAAGACCCUCAGUCGCAACAAACCUACCUCGUCGACGUGCAUAAGCUCGGCGCAUACGCAUUCAGUACUGUGGGUACGAUGAGGACGACACUGAAAGACAUACUGCAGAAUGGAAAGAUCCCCAAGGUUUUCUUCGACGUCCGCAAUGAUUCCGACGCGCUGUUCGCGCGUUUCGGCAUCGCCCUACAAGGGGUGCAGGACGUACAGCUUAUGGACAGUGCGGCGAGAGAGAAAAGGGCAGAGCGUGAGUAUCUCAGUGAACUGCCCCGUUGCGUGGAGCAGAACAGUAUAGUCUCAUUUCACCGCUACAACACUUGGUGCAGAGAUAGGACCGCGGGCGAGCUGGUAUUCAGGGUCGAAUUUGGCGGGUCGCGCGAAGCCUUCAGCAUGCGGCCUCUUGCCGAUGAUAUCGUCUCAUACUGUGUGGGCGAGGUCAUGUGGCUUCCGGAAUUGCGUAACAAGCUCUGGGGGACGCGUACGCAGGAAUGGCGGGACUUUGUGCGCGACGAGACGGAGAGACGAGUCGCGUAUACUCAUGGGGCCGAUUAUCAGCCUGGUGGGACGGAUUGGGUGCUGGCGCCGUGGAAUGACGAGCAGAACAGGGUGCUGGACAGGUUGAACGGCGCCCGUGAUUUUGAUGGCUUGCUAGAUGACGACGAGGUUGACGAGGACGUAGAGUGA